AUGUCUACCGACCGUCAAGAGAUGCGCAACGAUGCGCUGUCCCGUCUAGGACUUCCCACGAUUCCAGUCCAUCAGACUCCUCAAGUUACCGCAUGGAACGACGACGAGUCGACGCUCGUCACAUCGGCCAGCCUAUCCAUGUCAAGUCUCUCGUCCGACACACUCGUGUCUGAUUCUGAUUCUGAUUCCGACUCUGAAGGCUUCUUCCAGGAUAGACAAAUAAACGAUUUUUUGGAUUAUCAUUUCGGGAGUUAUGACGAAACUGUGAAUCGACUCUCGAGGAACAUUAGCCGCUUCUUGGAUGCUAUCGCGGAGUUUGGGUCUGAUGAUUUUUACGCAGAACUACAGAGACUAAGGCCUCCAGAGAGUCAAACACCUGAUCCUGGUAGCAUCGCGUCCGGAGUAUACAGUUGGAUACAAUCUCGUAUGAAUUGA